AUGUUUCGGACAGUGGCAAGCAAUAUGGUGUCUUCACUUUGGUUAUGUUAUAUAUUUUUGUAUUUUUCUCGUGUUGGAACUUCACGAACAAGCGAUACCAUUCAAGCCCAAUUAAAUGAACUGAAACAGGAGCACGAAGAGUUCAGGAGAGAUAUUACGGCAAAGUUCAAGGUCGAAAUAUCAACAUUGAAACACAGACUUAAUGCGUAUAAAGAUGUUCAAGAUUUAAUGAUCGCGGAUCUUACAAGGAUGCACAAAUCGUGUAUGAAGGAGUCUGAAGUCCCAAAUGGUGAAAAGAAUAAACGGAUAUUGCUAAGCGAUCCGAACUACCUACAAAACGAGCUUCACCAAAUACAGGUCAAACUACAGGAGUACGAAGUUGUCAAAUCAGAGGUCGACGCUCUUCAAACACAAAUUACUCAUGGUGACAAGGGUGCUGUGUACGUUCGGUGGGGGAGGAAGGACUGUUCAGAUGGAAAUACUACAGAGCUGGUCUACUCGGGUUACACCGGUGGAUCCAAUUAUCAACAGUCUGGUGCUGCAGCAGAGUACGUGUGUCUACCUCCGGACCCGACUUGGGGACCACAUAAAGACAUCCGUACCUACGCUCCUGCUUAUAUGUACGGAGCUGAGUACGAAGAUCCCAUUCUAUUUGGAAUGCCUGACUACAAAGAAGACGUCCCCUGUGCUGUGUGUAGGAGCUCCACCCACUCCACUUCAAUCAUGAUCCCAGCCCGGACUUCGUGCUAUCCUGGAUGGAAGGAAGCCUACCACGGGAUUUUGUCGGCUGGUGCUUAUAGCCAUUCUGCUGCGACCCAAUACGUUUGUGUUGACGGGACCCCUCAGACUCUGACAGGCGGUGGUAACACAGAUGGUAAUGGGAAGCUGUUUUAUCAGGUGCGGACGGUUUGUGGUUCGCUGCAGUGUCCUCCGUACGAGAAUGACAAGGUCCUUUCUUGUGUUGUCUGUCUCAAAUGAGGCUGCAUUGUGUGCCAUUAAAAUUACUUAAU